AACGCCAAACAGCCAAACCUUCCAAGAUGCCCUGCAGUGCGGUAACGCUGUCGCUCGCGACGAUAUCCGCCAUCAUCGCCGUUGCCCUGUUGGCAAUCGCCUUCUCCACAGACAACUGGCAGAGUUAUGAGGUGAAGCGGACCAACAUACAGAAUUUUAUUGCAAAACAUCCGGACGCCGCUGCACUAACCGAUAGCUUCAACAACCGACUCAUCUACUACACGCGGACACGUGGCCUGUUCCGGUACUGCUACCCGAAAGAGCGUCCGCCAGCAUCGUCCGUGCAAAUCUAUCUUUCACCGGUCGAAACCCACUGCUCCAACAUCGACUACUUCCCCGCGAACGAAGAGCACAAGGAGUCGGACUCGUUUACCGAUGACAUCAUGACCCGACUCCAUCUGGCACGUUCCGUCAUUGCUGCCUUUAUCCUGAGCUUCGUUGUCAUUUUCUGUGCCUUCUGGACUGGCCUGUCGGGCUGCUGGAAGCGUUCGGCCGGUGCGAUUACGGCUACCGCCAUCCUUAUGCUCACCGCCUGCCUGCUCGCCGCUGGUGCGAUGGGUCUGUGGCACACGGUUGAGUUUUUCGAAAAGGAAAAGGUCGUCGGCGAGGAAUACUACCAACAGUGGAAUACUGUUCUUCGAGACAACACUCGUCUGUCGUACGAUUGGUCGUACAUUGUGGCCUGGGCCGGUGUGGCCUGCAGCCUGCUGGCAUCGAUCCUGCUGUCCGGUGCGGCCGUCUGCCUGCGGGGCGAACGCGAAAAGGAGGAACAGCUGAACCUGCAGUAUCUGAUGCCCGUGUACCCCCAAAAGCAGCCUCCCUACCCUUACGGUGGUUUCCCACAGCCCCAGCUCUAUCCGCAGCCAUACUACCACGGAUCGCAGUACGGACCGUACAACUAUUGAGUAAAACUUUUCCACCGCUAAAUGCAGCAUUAUGUCG